AUGCCUGAAGCACAGCCAACAUCCAACACACGGCAAAUUGCCCCUGCCCUCAAGGUGGGUGACCCAGCCCGGCCACUAGGGGAUAAAGUUCGUUUCCCUCAUGCAAAGCCUACGCUCGUGGUAUUUCUGAGGCAACUCGGUGAUCCUUAAUCUGACCAAGCGGCCAGCGAUGAGUGGGCCGUCUCUGUCGGUGGCGAGUGGGAGACCAUCGUCGUUCCGGACCCAGAACGCCGUUUGUAUGCGGACUGGGGUCUGGGUGAGAGCUCGACAUGGUACAAUCUCAACCCCUUGGCGUUGUGGUCCACGUACAAGCUGGGAACAGAAGAAGGGUUUUGGGGCGACUCCCCUCAAUAUGGAGGCAGCAAGUGGCAGAUAGGAGGAGCCUUUGCACUCGACAGAGCUGGGAUAGUAGUGUGGUCGAAGCCAGCAGCCAGCUCGGACGAGGUACCCGACUUCCGGGCCGCACUCCGAGCACUGGGCAUCUCACAGCCAAAAGAGCAGGCACUUCAGGCGAAGCGAAAGCCCCGUGAGCCCCCCAUUUUCGUUAGACCCUACAAAUAA